AUGGUGGCCGAUCCGCCUAAGGGAGACCCCAAAGGUUACGCGGCGGCGGAGCCCACCGCCAACGGUGUCUCGACGUUGGUCCCCAUAGAGGACGCAGGCUCGGUAAAAGGCGGCCCUUGCGGUUCCUGGGGUCAGGUGCGUCGCUGCCUUCGCGCCAACUUGCUUGUGCUGCUGACGGUGGUGGCCGUGGUGGCCGGUGUGGCGCUGGGGCUGGGGGUCUCGGGAGCCGGCGGCGCGCUCGCCCUGGGCCCCGCGCGCCUGGAAGCCUUCUCCUUUCCGGGAGAGCUGCUGCUGCGCCUGUUAAAGAUGAUCAUCUUGCCGCUGGUGGUGUGCAGCCUGAUCGGCGGCGCCGCCAGCCUGGAUCCGAGCGCGCUCGGCCGCCUGGGCGCCUGGGCGCUGCUCUUUUUCCUUGUCACCACACUGCUAGCGUCGGCGCUCGGCGUGGGCUUGGCGCUCGCGCUGCAGCCGGGCGCCGCCUUCGCCGCCAUCAACACCUCGGUCGGAGCCAGGGGCCCGGUGGAAGAGACCCCCAGCAAGGAGGUGCUCGAUUCGUUCCUGGAUCUUGUGAGAAAUAUCUUCCCCUCCAACCUGGUGUCUGCAGCCUUCCGCUCAUACAGUACCUCCUAUAAGGAGAGAUGGUUCAAUGGCACCCUGUUGAAGGUGCCCACUGGGAGCGAGGUUGAGGGUAUGAACAUUCUGGGCCUGGUGGUGUUUGCCAUCGUCUUUGGCGUGGCCCUGCGGAAGUUGGGGCCCGAGGGAGAGCUGCUCAUUCGCUUCUUCAACUCCUUCAAUGAUGCCACCAUGGUGCUGGUCUCCUGGAUCAUGUGGUAUGCCCCUGUGGGCAUCUUGUUCCUGGUGGCCGGCAAGAUCGUGGAGAUGGAGGACGUGGGGCUGCUCUUUGCCAGUCUCGGCAAAUACAUCCUGUGCUGCCUGCUCGGGCAUGCCAUUCACGGGCUCCUGACACUGCCCCUCAUCUACUUCCUCUUCGCCCGCAAGAACCCCUACCGCUUCCUGUGGGGCAUCAUGACGCCGCUGGCCACCGCCUUCGGAACCUCCUCCAGCUCCGCCACGCUGCCGCUGAUGAUGAAGUGUGUGGAGGAGAAGAAUGGAGUGGCCAAACACAUCAGCCGCUUCAUUCUGCCCAUCGGUGCCACUGUCAAUAUGGACGGUGCCGCGCUCUUCCAGUGUGUGGCUGCAGUGUUCAUUGCACAGCUCAACCACCGGUCCUUGGACUUCGUGAAGAUUAUCACUAUCCUGGUCACGGCCACAGCAUCCAGUGUGGGCGCAGCGGGCAUCCCAGCUGGAGGGGUGCUCACUCUGGCCAUCAUCCUCGAGGCGGUCAACCUGCCGGUUCACGACAUCUCUUUGAUCUUGGCCGUGGACUGGCUAGUGGACCGGUCCUGUACCAUCCUCAACGUGGAAGGUGACGCCUUUGGGGCGGGACUCCUCCAGAGUUACGUGGAUCGCACAGAGAACCACAGCUCCGUGCCAGAGCUGAUCCAGGUGAAGAGUGAGAUGCCCCUGGCCGUGCUGCCAGUCCCCAGUGAGGAGGGGGACCCUCUCCUCAAAGGCUGCCCGGGACCUGCUGGGGAUGCUGACACCUGUGAGAAGGAAUCAGUCAUGUGA